UCACGCCUCGCGCAUCCAAGUCCUGUCCCGGCUCGGACGCGAUUAGGGUUCUUCCCUCACCCGACGAGAUGGAACGGAACUGUGUGUGAGAGAACGGCCUGCAGCCAUGAACGACCGGUACCACCGGGCGGCCCGGGACGGCUACCUGGACGUACUGAAGGAGGCCACCAGGAAGGACCUGAACGCCCCGGAUGAAGACGGGAUGACACCCACACUGUGGGCCGCGUACCACGGGAACCUGGAGGCGCUGCGGCUCAUCGUGGGGAGGGGGGGUGACCCAGACAAAUGUGACAUCUGGGGCAACACUCCUCUUCACAUGGCAGCUGCCAACGGCCACCACAACUGCCUGUCCUUUUUGGUGGCCUUCGGUGCCAAUGUGUGGUGUCUAGACAAUGACUACCAUACACCGCUGGACAUGGCGGCGACCAAGGGCCACAUGGACUGUGUUCGCUACCUGGACUCAAUCGCCGCCAAGCAAAUUACCCUUAACCCAAAGCUGGUUAGCAAACUCAAGGACCGUGCCUUUCGCUGGGCAGAGCGACGCAUCAAGGACUGUGCUAAACUCCAGAAGAAGCAUCGGGAGCGCAUGGAGAGAAAGUUUGUAAAAGAAGCAGCGGCUUUAGACAACAUGGAUGCAAUCAGCUUCUCCAGCUACACCAGUGGGAGCACGCUGAGUCGCAGGUUCAACACUGUGACCUCCAACAUGCCAUAUUCGCAGGCCACCCUGCACUCCACCGCCAAGGGCAAGGCCAAAAUCCAGAAGAAGCUGGAGAAGAAAAAGCAAGGGGAUGGAACGUUCAAGAUCUACGAGGACGGGAGGAAAAGUGUACGCUCACUUUCCGGACUGACUCUGGGCAACGAUGUUAUGUUCCUCAAGCAGGGCACCUACAACAACCCCAAAGAGCGCUCACGCCUCAAUAUCCGGGACAUGUUUGCCAGGGACGUUGAGGAUGACGUGGACACCAUCUCUCGUGCCAUGAGCGAUCCAGGCCUUCAUGAGGCUGCUUACUCAGAGAUUAGCGCUGACUCUGGCAGGGACUCCCUGUUCACACGUCCUGGGCUGGGCACCAUGGUCUUCAGGAGGAACUACAUGAGUGGAGGCAUGUUUGGGAUUGGGGCACGUGAUGAGGGCAGUGUUGCUGGGAGUGAACCUGUUGGACGAGCUCCCAAUGUUCGUUUACGUGGUCGUUUGCCGCGACACUCGCCAAGUUUGGAUGAUGUCAGUAUUGGCAGCGCCCUGAGUCUGCAGGAGAGGAACAUGCAGGAGUUACCGUGGGAGGAGUCGGACGUUGCCCUGGAUGAGGACUUGGAGACAGAGAGUAGUCCACUGGAGACGUUCCUGGCCUCACAGGGUCUCACUGAAUUCAUGACCAUCUUCCGGAGGGAGAAAAUUGACCUGGAGGCACUUAUGCUCUGCUCUGACAAGGAUCUCACCAGUAUCCACAUCCCUUUAGGACCAAGGAAGAAACUACUGGAUGCCUGUACGAAACGUCUGGAAACUUUGGAUGAACCAGAUACAAUAGAAGACACUGAGCUCUAGCAGUCUCUAGCUGGUUCCCAGCCUUAGUUUCUUCGUAUAUACUUUAUAUUAUAAGUUUACAUCUGUAUGAAUACAUUUCGGUUUUGUGUCCUGGUUGACAUUUGCUGUUUCUGCAUCCAUGCACACAUGAUCCACAUUUUUAUGCCUUGGAUCAAUGUGGAUUUCCUCAUGGACUAAUGUCGCCGCUGAUCCUGUCUUCUGAGGUUUGAGAGGAUAUGUUGAUUUUGUGCCAGGGAGGGAGAUGAAUAUGACACUAUACUCCCUUUAACAUGUAGCUGAUAGAUUCACUACCAAUAAUUCAUUAUCUUUAUCAUUACCGAAGCUUUGUUUUUAUCAUGAAACUGUGAUAAUGUUAGCUCUGCUAUAAUCUCCUUCAGUUAAUGACUUGAUGCAACAUUACACCUUUUUAUAAAGCUCACUUAUGAAUGGUUUUGAGAUUUAUUUAUUUAUUUAUUCAUACAGAGGCACUGAUGAUCUGUGUGAAAAAAAUAGUUUUGUAUUUGUGUUCUAGGUACAAGAAAGUUGCUAGGUGUUCAGAGAUUAGUGCGGUGAACAUCACACAAGGACUGUUCCACAUUUUCUUUUUUUUAAAGGGCAGCUCACUUCUCUAAAAUAGCAUGUUUACUGUCCAGCAUUUCAGCUUGAUGGUGAUCUGUGAACGCAAAUGACCCUGAACAAACAAUGAUUGUGUGAGAUAGCAACGUUAUCUCAAAUGGUGGAUGUGUUUUUCACUGAAUCAAUAUUCACUGACACUUUUGUACUGCUGCGGCUGACAUUUAUUAAAAUAAGGCAAAAGUGUUUGUUUA